UUACAGCACACAUAAAUAUAAAGCGGAGCCGGGCUCUGCUAUACACAAAGGAGCAGGCGGAUUAUAGCGCUGAAGACUACCGAGUCAGCCCCCCCUAGAAGAGCAGCUUGGACGGCAUGCAAAGUUCUGAAAUUUCGUCAGACAGCACUGAUGAUCCUCUUGGUAGUGGCCUACGUACUCACCGGCAGCCUCGAAUAGUGGUGAUUGGCGCUGGCUUGGCUGGCAUCACUGCAACUAAGAUCCUCCUGGAAAACGGCUUCACAGAUGUCAGAAUCCUAGAAGCAUCGAACCACAUUGGAGGGAGAAUUCAAAGCGUUCAGCACGGAAACGCUACAUUGGAGCUUGGAGCCACCUGGAUCCAUGGCACAAAUGGGAACCCUGUGUACCAUCUAGCUGAGGACAACGGGCUUCUUGAGCACACCACAGAUGAUGAGAGGAGCGUGGGACGCAUUAGCCUGUAUGCUAAAAAUGGUGUGGCUCACUACCAAACCAACAGUGGGAAGAGAAUCCCGAAAGACCUGGUGGAGGAGUUUAGUGACCUAUACAAUGAGGUGUACAAGCUGACUCAGGAGUUUUUCCAGAAUGGGAAGCCUGUAUGUGCUGAAAGCCAGAACAGUGUUGGUGUCUUCACUCGAGACUUGGUGCGAAAAAAGAUCAUGCUGGAUCCUGAUGAUUCAGAGAGCACCAAGAAGCUCAAACUGUCAAUGCUACAGCAGUACCUGAAGGUGGAGAGUUGUGAAAGCAGUUCUCCCAGCAUGGAUGAGGUGUCUCUGAGUGAGUUUGGAGAAUGGACAGAGAUCCCUGGGGCCCAUCAUGUUAUUCCAGGAGGGUUCAUGAAGAUUGUGGAUCUGCUGGCCCAGGAUAUCCCCUCCCGCACCAUCUGCCUUGGCAAGCCUGUCCGCUGUAUCCACUGGAAUUGGUCUGCCCAGCAACAGGAGACGGUCUCCAAGGGCAACCAUGCCAACCAAGGAAGCAAUCACAAUGACAACAACUACAGCUGCCAACCUCAGGAGGAUCCCCAGAUCCUAGGCUACCCUGUUCGCGUCGAGUGCGAAGAUGAGGAAUGGAUUGAAGCCAACCACGUUAUCGUAACAGCGUCUCUGGGUGUGCUAAAGAAGAGCCACGAGGCCAUGUUCUCUCCCUCUCUGCCAGAGGACAAAGUGCUGGCCAUUGAGAAGCUGGGCAUCAGCACCACUGAUAAGAUAUUCCUGGAAUAUGCAGAGCCCUUUUGGAGCCCAGAGUGCAACAGCAUUCAGUUUGUGUGGGAGGACGAGGCUCAGCUGGAGCAGCCUGUCUACCCCGAGAAGAUGUGGUACAAAAAGAUCUGCAGUUUUGAUGUCCUUUACCCACCGGAGCGCUACGGCUACAUGUUGAGUGGUUGGAUUUGUGGCCAGGAGGCGCUGCUCAUGGAGGGUUGUGAUGACGAAACUGUUGCUGAGACCUGCACUGAGCUGCUGCGGUGCUUCACAGGAAACCCCAACAUUCCAAAGCCAAGACAUAUCCUGCGCUCAUCUUGGGGCAGUAACCCCUACAUUCGAGGCUCCUACUCUUUCACUAGAGUAGGCUCCAAUGGCGGUGAUUUUGAGAGACUGGCCAUGCCGCUGCCUUAUGCCAAGAGCACCAAGGCCCCGCCUCUUCAGGUCCUGUUUGCCGGAGAGGCCACCCACAGAAAAUACUAUUCCACCACCCAUGGUGCUUUGUUGUCAGGAAAGACAGAGGCCACCCGCCUGAUAGAGAUGUACCAGGACUUGCACAGUGCUGAAACCACGAAGCCUAAUAUGUAAAAAAACAGAACCACUGACUAGUGAAAAAAAAGAAAAACCAAUAACAAAGUUGUUGUGUUGCAGGUUUUCUAUGUUAUAAAGAAAUUAUUUAAGUUAUUCUUAUCAAAGCAUAGCUGGGGCAUUAAUUUGAAACAAAUAAUUUUUUACUGUAUUGUAGAUUUUAAACAGUAGAUUUUAUUCAAGUUCAUGUACUGUUCAAAAUUUGCCAAGGGUGCUGUCAUUUAUUUUCUUUACGACUGUCAUUUCUUGUCUUUACCCUUAAUUUUUUAAUCAGUAAGUUUAUGUUUAUCUUAACGGCGGCUAUGUUAUAUCUCCUUUUUGUAAGUGCCUUCUUUAUUUUAUGUUAUGAAAACAAUGAAAAGACAAUAUAAAAAUGAAAAGAAAUGACUAUAAUUAAAAAAAACUAUU